UGAAACUAGCAAUAUAUUCAAAUGUGACGGAAAAUAUAUUUUUAAAUCCAAUAUGUGGAACACUAUUAAAUAAUCCAAUCUCUUCCAUUAAACAGAGCUGCAUGCAGUUGUCCCUCCCCCACAAGGGGCACGUCCUAGCAGAAACUCCCAUCCAGAUGGAGCUGCUGCGGCUUUAAGAGCGGUAGAGGCUGGCAGAGAGGGAGGAAGUGCCAGGAUACACUGCAGAGGCAGUUUAGCGAUGGGGAACACGCAGGAGAAAUCCCUCUUUAGUGGGGGAGGGGAAUCCAGACUAGAUGGGACUGCAGCCGAGAACAGGAGCAAAUGCACGGAAUGGAAGGAUCAAAGCGACCCAGGCAAAGCGGUGGCCAAUGGGACUGGGAGCAUCCAAGCCGCGGUAGGAGAGGAGCCCCGCUGCCCCAUAGUGGACACAAGUUAUCUGGACCACCCUGCCGGGUCUCUCCCGCCCCACCUGGCAAGGAUUAAGAAUGAGGGCAAUCAACUCUUCAAGCACGGCCAGUUUGGUUAUGCGUUGGACAAGUACAGCCAGGCAAUUGAGGGUUGUGCUGAAGCAGGUAUCAGCAGCCCGCAGGACUUGUGCAUCCUCUACUCCAACCGAGCCGCCUGCUACCUUAAGGAGGGCAACAGCACCGACUGCAUCCAAGACUGCACCAAGGCCUUGAAUCUGCAGCCUUACUCCUUGAAGCCCCUGCUGCGUAGAGCCAUGGCGUAUGAGUUGUUGGAGCGCUACAGAAAUGCUUACGUGGAUUAUAAGACCGUGCUGCAGAUAGACACUGGGGUGCAGGCGGCCCACGACAGCGUGCACAGGAUCACAAGGAUGUUAAUUGAGCAGGACGGGAUGGUGUGGAGGGAGAAGCUUCCCGAGAUUCCUGUGGUGCCGUUGUCGGUGCAGCAGGAACAUUGGGAGAAGCCCGUCAGCAUGGAGCAGGCGCGGGCACGGGCGGCCAGGGUGGCACAGGAUGAAGUCAGACGAAAGGAGGCCCGCGUCAGUCUCCUCAAACAGGAAGGCAACGACCUGAUCAAGAGGGGUCACUUCCACGACGCAAUGCACAAGUACACCGAAUGUAUCGCCAUCAAACCCGAUGACUGCGCCCUCUACACAAACAGAGCCAUUAGUCUGCUAAAGCUGAGUCGCUUCCAAGAGGCCAAGCAGGACUGUGACGCUGCCCUCCUCUUGGAGCCAACUAACAAGAAGGCCUUCUACAGACGAGCUCUGGCUCAUAAGGGUCUACAGGACUACUUGUCAGCCAGUAGUGACCUCCAGGAGGUCCUAGAGCUGGACCCCAACGUUAGGGAGGCCGAGGCAGAGCUUCUGGUGGUGACCGGCCUGCUGAGACAGAGCCUUAUGGACGAUAGGUUCAGUAAGAAAUUGGUUUGUUUGCCAAAAUGUGUCCAGAUCCAAUUUUCUGAUCUUUUUUUUUGCCACGUUUGUUCAGCCUCAUCAAAUGUGAUGGAUCUUCAUCCCGGAGAUCCUCCCCCCUUCCAUGCAGAAGGUGGAGACCGGCUCAGAAAUCAUAAGGUCUAGUGCAAAAACAAGAAGUGGUUUGAGUGUGCCUUACUGAGAUUUCAAACCACUCUUAUGAUGCAAAAGGCCAAGUCUCAUUGUGGUGAAAAGAGCUUUGUUUCCAGAAUUACCCAAAAAUAGUUUUCUGAAUACAGACCAUUUCAUGUGGGCAUGAUAACAUUUGUGUUAUAAACUGAUUUUACUGUGUGCAAUGUACAAAACCCAAAACCAGCGAAGUUGGUACCUUGUGUAAUUCCCAAAUAAACACAGAAUACAAUGAUUUGCAAAUCCUUUUCAACUCAUAUUCAAUUGAAUAGACUGCAAAUCAUCAAUCUUUGUUGCAGACCUUAAGAUCCAUUAAACAUAAAAUCCCAAUACAAAACAUUAAAAAGAAAACAAAACAUUAAACAACAAAACAAACAUAAAACAUAAAGCCCAAAUGUCAUUUUCGGACAUACAAACAUGUGUGCCAAGGGUUCCACAGACCAGAUGAGUACCUGGGUCCGUUAGCACAGUGAUUAUGACAUUUUCAGACUCAGAUGCCCUACACAUAAACUUCUACGGUUGCAUAGCAGCGCUGAGAAAUAGGGCACCCCAACACUAACAAACAUCUGGCUUGCACUGGCGCUUCUUGGAACUCCCAGGAGAAGCCUCAUACAAUCAAUAUAAGCAACCUGCAGCUUCUGAAAGCUUUUCUGUUUAUACUUUACCCACAGGGGGGCAGUAUACAGAGGAGUGCAGUAGGCUCUGAAUAAGUUGAUCUUUACAUCAUUUGUACAAUAAUAACAUUUCUUUCUCAGCAUGUUGGCUUGGGCAUACAGCAUAAGCCGCUGUCUGUAUAGGUCAUGAUUGUCCCCCAAUAGAUCAGUAAUGAUGUGCCCCAGAUACUUAGUUUUAUCACACACACUCAGCACCUGUCCUGACAGAUAGAAUGAAGGAAAAGAUAGAUCCUUGUCUUCUCUUGUUCUACAUAUCAUGACACUCUUCUUUGCAUUAUAUUUCACAUCAUAUUUUAAACCAUAAUCUGUACAUAUAUUCAGCAGCUGUUGAAAGCCAGCACUGCUAGGAGACAGGAUGGCUAAAUCAUCCGCAUACAUCAGAUGAUUAACCACAGUAUUACCAAGUACACAUCCUGUUCUACAGGUAUUGAGCUGGACAGAUAGGUCAUUCAUAUACAGAUUGAAAAAGGCAGGGGAGAAAAUUCCCCCCUGGCAUUCCCCGUUCCCAACCUUAAAUGUUGCUGAGCAUUUAUCACCCCAUCUGAUCUGCAUGCUUUGAUUAGCAUACCAAUAUGACAUAAUUCUGAUGAUACUAUCAGGCACAGGCACGACCCUCUCUUUCAGUUUUAAAAAUAGUUUCUGAUGGUUGACUCUAUCCAAGGUUUUCGACGCGUCAAUAUAGCCAACUAACACUGAGGAGUUCUUACCUUUAUGCAUAUCAGUCACUUCUUUCAAUGCAUAGAUACAAAGGUCUGUACCAUGCUUAGUUUUAAAACCAAACUGAUUGUCAGCAGUGGUAAGAAAAGCGCUUAAGCGGUCUAAUAAAAUUCUCUGUAUAACUUUAGAAAGUAUGCUUGCAAGUGCAAUAGGCCUGUUAUUAUCCAUGCUUCCCACCUUACCUGCAUUGUCUUUGAUGACCGGAACCAGAGUGACAGCCAUCAUGGAGUUAGGCAGCCGCUCGUGAGACAUCAGGCAAAGACAAAAUAUUCAAUGUUCGAACUGGGAAUUUUUUUUUUCUGCAAAUAAUCAUUAACUUAGAAUUUAAUGGCAGUAACACAUUGCAAAAAAGUUGUCACAGGGGCAUUUUUACCACUGUGUUACAUGGCCUUUCCUUUUAACAACACUCAGUAAACAUUUAGGAACGGAGGAUACCAAUUUUUGAAGCUUUUGAGGCGGAAUUCUGUUCCAUUCUUGCUUGAUGUACAGCUUAAGUUGUUCAAUAGUCCGGGGUCUCUGUUGUGGUAUUUUAGGCUUCAUAUUGCACCACAAAUUUUCCACGGGAGACAGGUCUGGACUACAGGCAGGCCAGUCAAGUACCUGCACUCUUUUACUUUGAAGCCAAGGUGUUGUAACACAUGGCUUUGCAUUGUCUUGCUGAAAUAAGCAGGGGCAUCCAUAAUAACGUUGCUUGGAUGGCAACAUAUGUUGCUCCAAAACCUGUAUGUACCUUUCAGCAUUAAUGGUGUCUUCACAGAUGUGUAAGUUACCCAUGCCUUGGCCACUAAUACACCCCCCUAUAACAUCACAGAUGCUGGCUUUUAAACUUUGCGCCUAGAACAAUCCGGAUGGUUCUUUUCCCUCUUUGUUCUGAAGGACAUGACGCCCACAGUUUCCAAAAACAAUUUGAAAUGUGGACUCCUCAGACCACAGAACACUUUUACACUUUGCAACAGUUAAUCUUAGAUGAGCUUAAGUCCAGCGAAGCCAGCUGUGUUUCUGGGUGUUGUUGAUAAAUGGCUUUUGCUUUGCAUAAUAGUUUUAACUUGCACUUACAGAUGUAGUGAUAAACUGUAGUUACUGACAGUGGUUUUCGGAAGUGUUCCUGAGCCCAUGUAGUGAUAUCCUUUACACACUGUCAGUUUUUGAUGCAGUACUGCCAGGGAUCGAAGGUCACGGGCAUUUAAUGUUGGUUUCAGCUUGCGUACAGCGAUUUCUCCAGAUUCUCCGAACCUUUUGAUGGUAUUGCGGACCGUGGAUGGGGAAAUCCCUAAAUUCCUUGCAAUAGCUCGUUGAGAAAUGUUGUUCUUUCACUUCGACAAUUUUCUCACUCAUUUGUUGACAAAGUGGUGACCCUCGGCCUAUCCUUGUUUGUGAAUGACUGAGCAUUUCACGACAGCCAGUUUUAUACCCAACCAAGGCACCCACCUGUUCCCAAUUAGCCUGUUUACCUGUGGAAUUUUCCAAAUAAGUGUUUAAUGAGCAUUCCUCAACAUUCUCAUUCUUUUUUGAAACAUGUUGCAGGCAUCAAAUUCCAUCCAUCAGUUUUCUGCCGCUUGUCCCUUUUGGAGUGGCGGGGGGUGCUGUAGCCUAUCUCAGCUGCAUUCGGGCGGAAGGCGGGGCACACCGUGGACAAGUCGCCACUUCAUCUUCAGGGCUAACACAGAUAGACAGACAACAUUCACACUCACAUUCACACACUAGGGCCUAUUUAGUGUUUGCCAAUCAACCUAUCCCCAGGUGCAUGUCUUUGGAGGUGGGAGGAAGCUGGUGUACGCGGAGGGAACCCACGCAGUCACGGGAAGAACAUGCAAACUGAUUGAACUCAGGACCUUCCAAAUGAGCUAAUAUUUGCAAAAAAUAAUGCUUACCAGUUCGAACGUUAAGUAUCUUUGCAGUCCAUUCAAUUGAAUAUAGAUUAAAGAGGAUUAGCAAAUUAUUGUAUUCAGUUUUAUUUACGAUUUACACAAUGUGCCAAUUUAUCUGGUUUUGGGUUUGUAUGAUUUUUCUAAAAAGUAGCACAUUUCAUCCAUUAUUGCAUUGUGCCACACCACUGUUCAAUCUCUUCAUUAGGCUUUAUCGUAUUGUGUGUAUAUUUCAUGUGUGUACUUUGGCUGUAAAAGUUAUCAUUAAUUACAGAAAAUGAUGGCAUGAAUCCAAUAUGAAAAGGCAGAUUGACAAAUAACUACGCAGUUUAUUUAGACGACACCUGCCCAUUUACUUUAAUGGUGGAUGCUUACCUGAAAGUUGUCACGGGUUAUUAUACGGUCUGAUCAGGUCAAUACAUAAUGAGUGAGGAGACUGCAACUGGUGAGUUCGGUGGCAAAUUUUGCUUUAAAAUACCAGCACUUGAGACAAAUUCUAAUUUGCAUAUAUUGUAGAAAUUAAUUAUCUUUUCACCGAAGCAAAAUGCUAUUUUAAAGCAAAACACAUUUUUAAGGCAGCUGUGAGCAAGAAUGCGAUUUGUAAAUCAACAACAAGCUAUGCUAAUGGUAAUGAUAUUAACAGUGCUCAGAGCUUUGGCUGCAACUGUGAUUAAUCAAAAUUCCACAGUGUGAUUAAUCGGAUUUUAAAGACUUAAACACACCAGUGCUGUCAAACAAUAACAACGUUGAAGUUUCAAUUCAAUAGACUGACACCUCUGAGUUGAAAUUUUAUCAUUGUGGAAUCAUUUGGUUAUGAGCGCGAAUUUAUGACAAAAUAACAAUGUAACUGAAAUAUAAAUGUUAUGUUGCGAAUCAUUACAACAAAAGUUAAGAUUUGUGAACCCUAUGGUUUAUGCACACAAAAUACUUGAAGCGCAAGUAGAAUACAGGUUUUAAAUGACAUUCACAAAUCAAAAAUUUUGUUUUUAUGAAUGUUUAAGUUCCAUAAGUUAAUCCAGUCCAGAUUUAAGAACUUUAGGUUUUUGAUGUAAUCUUCUAAUGUCUAAGAAUGGUUAAAUGUAUCUUUAUUCUGUUUGUGAAAAUGCGAUAAAGUUUCACAAAUCACUACCUGUGUUUUUAAUAACCUUCAGGGUCUGUGGGAUGAUCUAGUCCAGAUUUGAGAACUCUAAAUACAGUGGUUUUAAAUCUUGCCCUGGACUAAUGUGGUCAACGUCUUUGAAAUAGGGUUAUACUAAAUGUAUUAUAUUUUACUAGUAGAUUGAAGGUUUCACAAACCAUAAACAUGAUUCUUUACGCAACAUCUGUUUUUCUUACAUUAUUUUCGUCAUGUUGCACUGGUGACAAAAUUAUUUAUUGAUUAUGACAUUUUAAGUGCAAAAUAUCAGUCUGGUAUUAUCAGUCUAGUCCAGGGGUCAGUCGGCAGCCCAAAAUGUUGAAAGAGCUAUAUUAAACCAGAAAGACAAGAAAUAAGUAUGUCUGGACCGGCAAAUACGUAAAAACCUAAUAUAAGUAUGAUAAUGAAAGAUAUCAAUCCAUCCAUCCAUUUUUUACCGCUUAUUCUGUUUGACGUCGAGGGGGGCGCUGGUGCCUAUCUCAGCUACACCCUGGACAAGUUGCCGCCUCAUUGCAGUGAAGGAUGUUAUCCCCAAUAGCAUGUUAGCAUCGAUUAGCUUGCAGCCAUGCAUUAACCAAAUAUGCCUGAUCAGCGUUCCACAUAAGUCAGUAAAAUCAACAAAGCAAUGAAACAAUGUAGUAAAACACGUAAACAAACUGCUGCAUCAGUCUACACAACUACGGUGAGUUCAAGAACCGCCGAAAUUAGGACAAAACUCCAUCCAUUUUCUACCGCUUAUUUCCUUUCGGGGUCGCGGGGGGCGCUGGCGCCUAUCUCAGCUACAAUCGGGCGGAAGGCGGGGUACACCCUGGACAAGUCGCCACCUCAUCGCAGGGCCAACACAAAUAGACAGACAACACUCACACUCACAUUCACACACUAGGGCCAAUUUAGUGUUACCAAUCAACCUAUCUGCACAAGCAAAAUACUCAUCAGUGAAGCAUAAACACAAACAUAUUAAACUGUGGGCUUUUUAACAAUUAGAAAGGUUUGUGUCAUGUUUGUCCUCCUACAUAAGCCGGAAUAAAACAAUAUAUAUUUCACCCCAUCUUUUCCAUUUUCAUACAUUUUUGAAAAAGCGCCAAGGAGCCACUAGGGUGGUGAUAAAGGGCCGCAUACGGCUCUAGAGCCCCAGGUUGGGACCUCCGAUCUAGACCAUAAACAUGUACCUGAUCAUUUGCUCAAUUAUCAAACCACACCAACUUGAUUUGAAAAUUUUAUUGUUUAAAGAUAUGUAUUUAAAUGCACGUUACAAAGCCCAUAAUUAGUAAAUGUAUAUUUUGAGUGUGUGUGAUGCUAAAAAAUAGGGGGAUAAAAAAGGUCUGGCCCCAGUCUUUAAAGAAUUAUACAAACAAUUAUAAUAACGAGGAAGAAAACCCUCUUAAAAGCAUUCAGGCUUACAGGAUUUAUUUGGGGGGAUCAAAAACAGGAUAACCUUGCAAAGUGUUAUCCCCAAAAGGCACUUAAUAGGGGCAAACAGUUACUAGCAUUUGCCAUAAAAAAAAAAGGUAUAAUAGUAAAAAACAAAAAGAUGCACAAUUUGAAUAUUACUAAAAAGGGGAAUCAAGCAUGAAUAUUUCAAAUGAAAGAUUUCAAAUGUACUAAAAGACACCAGUUUUGCAUGUUGAUUGUUCUUUUUUUUCUGGCUGUGAAGUUGUACAGCUGCUACUCUGCUUGUUCUUUUAACUUUGACCAGUCAAAGAGAAUUAAAAGAAAAUACUUGCAGCAACUCAAGGUGCUUUUUUGCAUAGGUUAAAACCACAUAUACAUUUUUAGCUGAUCCAACAUUUUUAAUCAAUAUUAAAAGACUGUAGGUAGGAUCCACAAGAAGUCUUGUGACAACAUUCGAUUUUAAAUAAAAACUUUGGACCCAACACAGAGCUGCAACAUACAAAUACAAUAAAAACAACUUCCCCAAAAUGGAAAAUAAGCAAGACACUUUGCACAAAUAAACAAGUGAUAAGCUAAUCACCACAGUCUGUUUCAAUCGAUCUGAAAAUGUGCUACUAAAUGGUCCCUCAGAAAAGUGUAGCACGGUGGUGGAUGCAGCAAUGACGUAAAAAAUUAAAGUUAUGUGUAAAACCAACCUGCGCACGCACAUUCAAUUCGACCUCCGUAAAAAACCUUAUGCUCAACUUCCACGCUACAAAACGCUUGACUCAUUGACCCCUUAAACCCACGAUGACAUUCUCCGUUCCUGUCUUAAAGGUCUACUGAAACGAGAUUUUCUUAUUUAAAUUGGGAUGGCAGGUCCAUUCUAUGUGUCAUACUUGAUCAUUUCGAGAAAUUGCCAUAUUUUUGCUGAAAGGAUUUAGUAGAGAACAUCCACGAUAAAGUUCGCAACUUUCGGUGCUAAGAGAAAAGCCUUGCCUCUACCGGAAGUCGCAGACGAUGACGUCACAUGUUUGAUGGCUCCUCACAUAUUCAUUGUUUUUAACGGGAGCCUCCAACAAAAAGUGCUAUUCGGACCGAGAAAACAAUUUCCCCAUUAAUUUGAGCGAGGAUGAAAGAUUUGUGUUUGAGGAUAUUGAUAGCGACGGACUAGAGAAAUAAAAAAAAAAGUUUAAAAAAAAAACGCGAUUGCAUUGGGACGGAUUCCGAUGUUUUUAGACACGUUCACUCGGUUAAUUCUGGGAAAUCCCUUAUCUUUCUAUUGUGUUUUGCUAGUGUUUUAGUGAGUUUAAUAUUAUCUGAUAGUCGGAAGGGUGUCUCCACGGAUGUGUUGACUCGCAGUGUCUCAGGGGAGUCGACGGCAGCUAUGGACGGCACAAGCUCAGCUUCUCUCCGGUAAGAAGCGACUUUUUAACCACAAUUUUCUCACUGAAACCUGCUGGUUGACAUGUGGUAGGGAAACAUGUUCGCUCUGUUCCAUAGGAAAGUUUCACCGGCAGGAAUUUUAAACAAGGAAACACCGUGUGUUUGUGUGUGGCUAAAGCUUCCCAACUCCAUCUUUCUACUGUGACUUCUCCAAUAUUAAUUGAACAAAUUGCAAAAGAUUCAGCAACACAGAUCUCCAAAAUACUGUGUAAUUAUGCCGUUAAAGAAGACGACAUUUAGGUGUGUGUGCGCAGUGCUCAUACUUUCUAAAAACCUGUGACGUCUUGCGUACACGUCAUCAUUACACGACGUUUCGAAGACGAAACUCCCGGGAAAUUUAAAAUUGUAAUUUAGUAAACUAAAAAGGCCGUAUUGGCAUGUGUUGCAAUGUUAAUAUUUCAUCAUUGAUAUAUAAACUAUCAGACUGCGUGGUGGGUAGUAGUGGGUUUCAGUAGGCCAUUAACAGCCAAUAAGACACAAUCAGAUCCCAACUUAAAGGUGAGUAAGUGAACAUGUUAGAUCUCAGUUUGAAUGCAGCGCCUACUUGUGGGGCUCACAGACGGUGCAGCAGUGUCACGAGUGGGUCCGCUCAGGUUGUCAUGGGUAUCGGCGAUGUUGCCUUCACCCUCUUCAGUGAUGAACAGACCACUAUCUGUAGGGGAGGCAGGCGGCGAUGAAGACACGAGGCAGUGGCUGAAGGCAGAGUGGCUCCUAUGAGGCAGAAGCUGCUCCAGGCGAUCGUGCUCCACCUCGGGCAUGGGCGUGACGGCCAGCUCGCCCAAGACGACAGAGGUGGUGGCGGCUGCACGAGGCUCCGCCGUGUCAGAGCACAGGGGGUGAGCUGGUCUCACAGUUUCUGGGUCGGAGCAGCUGAGCUCCGACGACAAGUGGCUGCAGUGCGAGUCGGCCACCGACGGCAGGCUGCCGCUCAGCGAAGGCAGGUCGAACUCUGAGGAGUUGGUGCUGCGGCGCUCCAGCAGCUGAGCGUCCGUGUGGUUCAUUUUGGAUUCCGCCUUGCCUCGCUUCCACAGUUUCCCUUUGCUCUAAUUGCACGCUGCCGCGGAGGCCUCUUUUGACCAGGGCGAAGGAGGGCGGCCAUGAUCGUCGGACGGACCGGCCAUCGCCCCUUUGAAGCCCGUGGUCCCGCUGCUGCUACAGCUGACUUCAUCCAGGCUGCUGCUAGCGCUGCAGUGUCUCACCUUUUCCUCUUUGGACUCCACGUCUGUUUGACCCUCCACACUGUUGUCUCUGUACAGCACACAGUCACACUUUUAUUUUUUAAAAAGAGGGAAAACUUGUACAUAAUCGUCAAAUUAAAGAAUAACUGAAAUGCAAUUGCUCCUUGCCUGUUAUAUAUACCGUAUUUUCUUGAAUUACCGCCGGGCAUGUAAUAUGCGCCUGCCUUGAAUUACUGCCAGGUCAAACUCGUUUCCUAAAAUUAUUAGCGCAUGCUUACUAUUACCGCCUGGUGGAAUUCGUGACGUCACUAGUGACGCUUCCCCUGUUGUCAUUUUCAAAAUGGCGGAGUUUUUUUUUGCUUGUACUAUGUGUAAACCAGGGGUCUUGUUAAACAGCCAUA